GGCGCAUAAAAUAUAUCUUUGAUUCUUUAUUUAAGGAUAAAGUGGUCUCGAUGCGCUAGAAGCACUGUGCCGCUUCUCGUGCUAUCUUUGCUUGUUAGUUAGCUUAGCUCGCUAGUUAGCUUAGCUUGUUAGCUGCUAACAGAAGACACAGAAGUUAUCAACACGUCGCUAAGUAGAGAUCAAGUGUGAGAGUAAAGUGUUGUGUUUGUGUGAAAAUGUGCGAAAGAAUGAUAGCAAAGUAUGAGGAGGAACUUUGUCCAACAAAAGAGGAGAAGGAGCGACAACAUCAACUACUGGACGCUGUUUUCAAGAAACAUCAAGUUGUGUUACACAGAACAGACCUCGAUGAAGAACAUCUACCUCAUGAGCAGGAGAAGGAACCACAGUCCCCCAACAUACACAAGGAAGAAGAGGUACCACAGUCCCAACACAUCAAAGAGGGAGGAGAGGAGCCACAGUCCCCCCACAUUAAAGAGGAAGACGAGACGCUUCAGACCCAUAAUGUUAAACUGACCCUUCACAUUAAAGGGCAAGCGGAGGACCCACUCAUCUUACACAUCAAAAAGGAAGAGGAGGACCCACUGACCCCUCCCUUUAAGGAGCGAGAGAACACGCUGACCCAUCCAUCCAUUUUCUACCGCUUAUUCUCUUUCAGGGUCGCGGGGGGCGCAGGCGCCUAUCUCAGCUACAAUCAGGCAAAAGGCGGGGUACACCCCGGACAAGUCGCCACCUCAUCGCAGGGCCAACACAGAUAGACAGACAACAUUCACACACUAGGGCCAAUUUAGUGUUGCCAAUCAACCUAUCCCCAGGUGUAUGUCUUUGGAAGUGGGAGGAAGCCGGAGUACCCGGAGGGAACCCACGCAUUCACGGGGAGAACAUGCAAACUCUACACAGAAAGAUCCUCAGUCUGGAAUUGAACCCAGGACUGCAGGACCUUCGUAUUGUGAGGCAGACGCACUAACCCCUCUGCCACUGUGAAGCCCACACACUGACCCCUCACAUUGAAAAGGAAGAAGAUGAUCCACUGACCCCUCACUUUACGGAGCAAGAGAACACGCUGACCCAUCCAUCCAUUUACUACCGCUUAUUCUCUUUCAGGGUCGCGGGGGGCGCAGGCGCCUAUAUCAGCUACAAUCGGAGCAAGAGAUCCCCCUGACCCCUCAGAUUAAAGAGGAAGAGGAGGACCCACUGACCCCCUACUUUAAAGAGGAAGAGGAGGACCAAGAGCCGCCGCACAUUAAAGAGGAAGAGGAGGAAGAGGGCAUCAGUCAGCCUAAAUGGUUGGAGGAGUUCCCAGUGACUGGUGUCCCUGUGAAGAGUGAAGAUGAUGAGGUGAAAGGUGAAAGUGAGGAGAGGGGAGGGGGGGAGCCUCCAAGCAGCAGCUCAACACAACACAUGACAACAGAAGCUGAUGGAGACCACUGUGGAGGAUCACAAGCAGACAAGCUCUUAGCUCCACUAUCAGAUAGUGAGGACACAACGUCACACUCUCCUGACACUGAUGAUGAAGACUCUAAAGAUGAUAAGACAUGUCACACUGACAACACUCACUUCACAUCUUCUCACUGUCACAAAACCUUUAAAUACCGUCGUAGUCUGAAAAGACACAUGAGAACACACACUGGAGAAAAACCUUUUUCUUGUUCACUCUGCAGUAAAGGUUUUACACAAAGUAUCAAUUUGAAAGUACACAAGAGAACACACACUGGUGAAAAACCUUUUGUCUGUUCAAUAUGUGGUAAAGGUUUUGCACACAGUAACAAUUUAAAAAGACAUAUGAGAACAGACACAGGUGAAAAACCUUUUUCCUGUUCAACCUGUGGUAAAGGUUUUACACAAAGUCAGAGUUUGAAAGUACACAAGAGAACACACACUGGAGAAAAACCUUUCAUCUGUUCAAUCUGUAGUAAAGGUUUUGCAGAAAGUCGAUAUUUGAAAGAACAUAUGAGAACACACACUGGUGAAAAACCUUUUAUUUGUUCAAUCUGUCGCUUAUCUUUUGCAAGGAAGGGAUAUAUGAAAGUGCACAGGAGAACACACAGUGGUGAAAAACCUUUUUCCUGUUCAAUCUGUGGUAAAGGUUUUACACAUAGUACAGAUGUGAAAGUACACAUGAAAACACACACUGGUGAAAAAUCACAUUCCUGUUCAAUCUGCAACAGAAGCUUUAGUCGACAAUCAACCCUUGUAAGACACAUGAGAACACACACUGGUGAAAAAACUUUUCCCUGUUCAAUCUGUGGUAAAGGUUUUACAAGAAGUCAACAUUUGAAAAGACACAUGAGAACACACACUGGUGAAAAAGCUUUUUCUUGUUCAACCUGUGGUAAAGGUUUUACACAAAGUCUGAGUUUGAAAAGACACAUGAGAACACACACUGGUGAAAAACCUUUUUCCUGUUCAAUCUGCAACAGAAGCUUUUGUGACCGAUCGACCCUUGUAAGACACAUGAGAAGACACCCAGGAGAGAAAGUGUUGAGUUGCAGUGUGUGUGGUGAAAGAUUGUCUUCUAAGUACCAGUGUAAGAAACACAAGUGUGCUGGUGAGAACAGCAGCAGCAAAUGAAACUGCAGGAUUUGAAAUAAACUGUCCAGACUUUCAUUUUGACUUUCUAACAACAUCAGCACAUAUAACAUGUGUGACAUUGUUGUUUGUCUAACAAUCUGUUUAAUAUGAUCUUUACAUUUAUAGAUU